ACCACAACCAAUUGUGUACGCUCUGUGAAUGUUUUCAUAUUUUCUGUGUCAUUUGCCUGAAAAAUCCAUCGAAUUGUAAUUGAAAUUGAAGAGGAUAGUUUGUGUUUCAUCGCAUAAUAGUCAUUCGUCGAAAUUCGGAAUAAAUAUCAACGAAAUACAAAGUGCAAACUGUGUACUGCCGUGUGCAAUUGAUCCGCCAGAUAGACAGACAGAAAGCAAGAAAAAGGGACGACAGAUUUGUGUAAUUGGGAAAAAUGGGUGAACAUUGGGAAAAGGUACUAGACAACUAUUGGUUUAACAUCUUAUGUACAACGCAGACAUCGCUAGGAUUGGUGGAGAAAGCAUUUCAAUGCAGCGCAAUUUCAUUUGAUGAGAAUUUCAAGGAAAUCUUUUUGCGAGCAACGAAUGACUGGGUCACUAAAGCGUACGAACUAUAUCUCACUAAAACAAAGUUGAAGGAGCAACUCAUUGGAGUUCGUGGCGGAAAUGCUCCGUCAAAUCAUAAUUUGGACAAAGAUAAGACGACCACCGAUACAAGCGGUGAGAUUGUGAUCAACGGAUCGUGUAGCUGUCAUCGGCCGGAGCUUGGCACUGCUCAAUCUACAUACAAAAUAACACAUGGCAAUGGACGAGGAGAUGGAAGCGCUAUUUGUGUGACAAUCAUCAUAUCGAAUCAGCCAGCGGACGAUCCAAAGACAAGCCAAGAGGUCAAUGUACUCGUCAAUCGCACAGAAUCGGAUGGGGCCAUGGAUGAUACAGAAUCAAUGCCAACCACAACGAACGGAAUUGACGUGAGUGAAGACAACACUGGAAAUGACGCAUCGAACAAAGGAACAACGAGCGAUUCAAUGACGACAGACGAGACUAGUCCAGUCAUCGGUGAAUUAACCGAAGUCAACACAGUUGAUGUUCAAGAAGACGAACCGAUUCACUUCGAUCUGCCGAAUGGUAUGACCAUUGACGAACGCAUCGAUUUGAUUUCUGAAAAUACCGUGGAACCAUCAGAAAACAUCGACAGUGAAAUGGAUGGAAACGAAGCCCAGGAAGUGACAACGAAUGAACCAGCGACUGAGCCUAUUACAGCAGUGGUACGUGAAGAGAUAAAUGAAGUCACCGAUCAUCAAUAUGAGAACAAUGCCAUGGAUGAGCCACAGUUAUUGCCAAGUGAUACGACAGAAAGUGACCAGAACGAAGAAAAUAUUGGAAAUGGCAAAAUCAGCGAUGGAACAACGAAUGAAAUGAUCGGAACAAAUGAAGCAGGUCGAGAUAUAAGUGAAUUAGAUCAAGUCAACGAAAUUGAUGCUCUAGAAGCCGAAGCCAUUCACAUUGAUAUAGAGAACGGUACUAUUGUUGACGAUUUGACUCAUGAAACUGCCGCAGCAUCUCUGGAAAACAUUGGCAAUCAAAUCAACCAAAAUACCGCACAAAAAAAGACAACGAAUCAACGUCGAAAGAGAAAAAUUGCAGACGCAUCGACAUCGAAUGGCAAUUCAAAGAAGAAACGGAAGAUUGCAACACGUUCGACACUGAAAACCAUUCGAGAAUCGAUUUCAGAAUCGCCAUUGAUUGAUCUGACAUUUGAUGAUGCAGAGAGGUUGCAGCAGUCAAACAACGUGGAUAUUCAAUCGGGUGAACGGAGUGAAAGCAAUUCAAAUGGUGCUGAACAACAGAAUGGAUCGGCAUCAAAUGGGAAAUCCAAAACAAAUUGUGAGUUUUGUAAUUAUGUAGCUCCGAGUGCAUCAAAGCUGAUAAGACAUAGAAGCAUCCACACUAGCGAGAAACCAUUUGAAUGCAACAUUUGUGCGAAAGGAUUUACUCGAAAAGACAAUCUGAAAGCGCACAUGAUGCGCAUUCAUACCGGUGAAUUGCCUUUUAAAUGCAACAUUUGUGCGAAGAGAUUUGCUGAAAAGAAUACUCUAAAGAAACACAUGAGAACUCACGCAAAACAGUUCCCGUUCCAGUGCUCGAUUUGUCGACAAGGAUUCACGGCGAAACGGACAAAGGAGACGCACGAGAAAAACUGCAAUCCACGUCGAUAUGAAUGUUACUUGUGCAAAUAUUCUACAUUGCACAAAUCAAGCUUAGUCAGUCAUAUGUGCAUUCAUACCGUAGGCAGACCAUUCCGAUGUUCUCAUUGUUCAAAACGAUUCGCCAGAAAAUCUGAUUUAGAAUCGCACCUAAGACGGCUUAAUGACAAAGCGAAAGAACAAGUUGAAAAGCUUUUCACUGCCGAAGAACGGCUGGAGAGUGAAACCAAUUCAAAUUGCGUUGAACAACCGAAAGAAUCGACAUCAGGCGUGAAAUCCAAAACAAAAUGUGAGUUUUGCAAUUAUGUGGCCAAAUAUCCGGCAAAUCUGAUUGUGCACAGACGCAUACACACUGGCGAGAAACCAUUUGAAUGCAACAUUUGUGCGAAAGGAUUUAUUCAAAAGCAACAUCUGGAAAGGCACAUGAAAACUCACGGGAAUCAAUUCCCAUUCCAUUGCUCGAUUUGUCGACAAGGAUUCACGGUGCAACGGACAAAGAUUGCGCACGAGAAAAACUGCAGUCGACAACUAUUUGAAUGUUACUUGUGCAAAUAUGACACCGUACGUAAAGGGAGUUUAGUCUAUCAUAUGCGUAAGCAUACCGUAUCAUUCCGAUGCUCUCAUUGUGCCAGACUAUUCAGCACAAAAGCUUCUUUAAAAUCGCACUUAAAACGACUUAAUGAAUAUUGUAUAAAUGAAGUCACAGAAUAAAAAGCUUUUGACUAUUGAAGAGUGUCUAGAGAAAAUGUAAGUACAAAUCUUGUAUUUGUUUUCAUUUAAAAGAGAUCAUAUGUUCAAACCACCAGAAAAAAGAUCAAAAAAAUGUCACCACUGAACGGGUUCUAAUUAAGACGAAAUGUAUUUUGUAAAGAUAUCGAAUAUAAAAGUAUUUCUUUUCAAAGAGAAUUAUUGUGAAAAAUGGUGGAAUCUUUCAAAGAAUAAAACGAAGCUACAAAACAAA